CAUGAAGUAUUUUCAAACUCCACCAUUAAAUCCUUCGUUUCCACCUUCAAUAAUUGGCUAUAGAUAUCAAUCGCCUUGUUAUAAAAAUUGUGAAUUGUGCAUCUUUAUUAGAGAUAUUCCAUUAAUUAAUCUUAAUGGUGAAUUUCGAUAUUUUACAACAAUUCUAGAAACUCCGCAUCAACCUUACAAAUCUAUCGAAGACUCAAGCAGGAAACAUUGUUUCGCUAUUCAAACCGAAAAUGUUUAUAAUCUAACAUUAUCGGCAACGAACGAAGAAGGAUCUUCUCCGGAUUAUACUGCUAUUCUUCCCAAACCCUCAGAACUAGGCAGAGAUUUGAAUGGUUUAUACGGUGAAAGACAAAACCCUAGUUCUGACGUCAUCAAAUUUUCAUGGAAUACAGAAAAUAGUGAGGAAAGGGAUAUGAAUGUUACACUUUUAUAUUGUUUAUCUACUUCUUGCUCGGAAGGAUCAAUUAUAGAACAUACGGAAUUUGUGAAAAGUGGAGAUAAUUCAUUUAAUUUAACUUUAUCUCGAAAUCUUAUGUAUAAAUACGCUUUAAAAUACUCAUUCGGAAGUUUAGAAUCGGGUAUAAGCGAUUGGAUAUGUAUUUUUACUGAAGGAAGAGUACCAGAUAUCCCUGAAAUAACACUAAUUGACAAAACAUCAAGCAGUUUAACUUUUAAAUUGAACCGAGAAUGUAAAGAAAACUAUGGCUUUGUUAAUGAAGUUAUGUUUGAAUAUCGAUCAAAAAAUGAUGGAGAGACUUGGAAGAAUGAAACUUUUCAAUCUUAUUCGAACAAUGAUGUAUUUAAAUUAGAAGAUCUUGAUUCACAUGUAGAAUAUGAAAUAGUAGUAACGGCGAUUACAAAGAAGAAACUACAAACUAAAUCGUCAAUUGUUUACAAAGAAGUAACGAAUGAAAAUAUACCUGAAACUCCACCUACUAACAUUACAGCCUUAAAUCUUACAUCAACGUCAGUAAUAAUAGAUUUUUCUGAAACUGAAUAUCCUAAUGGUAGAAUUAUAUCUCAUGAAAUUUCACUGGCAAAAAAGAAUAAAAACGAUAAUGAAUGGAGUAAGAUAAAAGUUUUUCGGUAUAACCUUAACGACAGUUAUAUAUUAGAUGAACUCGAAGGAUAUACAAAUUAUUCAGUAAAAGUUAGAUCAAUAAAUGCAAAAGGAGAAUCUCCUUGGUCAAAAACUUUCUAUUUUUUCACUGCAAUGAGAGCUGCUGAACAAUUAUCACACGGCCAAGUAACAUUAGAGGAUGACAAUGAUGAUUCUUCAAUAGCUGUAGUUAAAUGGCAAGAACCAUCUAUAAAAAAUGGAAUAAUUUUUUAUUAUAACGUUACUUUGCGCGGUAAAGACUUUAAUCUAACCGACCAAGUUACAAAUCGUGUUUCAUCUAUUGCAUUGGAUUGUACUAAGAAAUUAGUAAAUGUAAAAGCUUAUAUUACUACUGUAAAUAGAGAUCUGAAUGGUGUAGAAUAUGUUUCAAAAGAAAGUCAACCUUCAAAUUCAUCAGACUUUUGUAUACCUGAUACCAGCAAAAUACUACUUAUUAUCUUUUUAGUCUGUGGAAUCGUUGCAGUUAUCUUACUUAUAAUAGGGGUUUCAUGCUUUCGGAAAUAUUUCAAAAAAUGGUUUCGACCAUUCAAAUACGAAGAAAAGACACCACCAGCAGCGGAAUUACAAGUUAUUGAAAAACACUACGAAGAAUGUAGCAAAACAACAAUUUCAGAUGAUAAUGAUAAAAUCAAUACUGAUCAAACUAGAUCCAAUAAUGAGCAAUCGUUUGUUCUACUAGAUUCUAUUGUAGAAAAGGCUAGUAUAUUGCAUUCAUAUCAAACUGAUUGUAAGUAAUUCUAUUCAAUUUUCAGAUUGAAAUGACUAUAGAUACCUCAUAUAGCGAUGGAUGUUCGUGUGAAAACAGCGAAACAGACUUUACCACUAGUGACUCUGAUAAUUCUGAUAUAAGUAGCAGUUCCUCUUAUCUUCCUGCAGGCAGGAAAGAAAGUGUAUUUUCUACAUAAAAAAUCAUUAAGGACAUUUUCUUUCAACACAGUUUUUACCCCCUUCUUCAUAUUCCUGCUUUGAUAUCCAUAAUUGAUGAAAACAGCCCUAUGAAUGGAAAUAUUCUCAUUAUGUUAAGUUUUUAUUAUGAAAUUGUUGUUUUACCAAUGAUCCUAAUAUAGAUCCUCCUAACCAAGCGCUGAAUCUUCUCUGAAUAUUUGGUUGGGAAUUGUGCAUUUUGAGUUUGAGAGUCUGCAAAGUCGUUCAAAUAUAUUUAUAACUUUGUUUUUUUGGAUUAUAUAUAUAAAGUAUAUAAAAUUUUAAUACCGGAGGUAUUUUUCUUUGGAGCUCAUAUUGUAAUCUAUCUGUAAAUCCAUUUAACAUUGUUGUUCCUCCUGUUACUAUUACGCUGCUGUACAAAUUCUAAAAACCAAUAAAAAUCUUGAAAUAAUCAA